GCUAUUAAUAAGUGACCUCAUGCGCGUAAUGCGGAAUUAACGAAUGUUUAAUCUAUCCAAUGCGGGAAUAAAAGGCUUUUUAUUUUCUUAAUGCUGAUUUGAUCUUCUUUAUGCGCCAAAGAAUAAAAGAGGAAGAAACGUAAAAACGUUCGUUAAUCGCAAAACGCCAAGGGGCCACUCAUUUUCUUCGCGGGCGAUUAGCAUAUCUGAUUAAGCCGAUAGCACCGGAAACCGGAAACGAACGUUUAAGAGCAGUCACGCAUAUCGGUUAGGCGAAUCCUUCGGCGUAGAGUGGUACGCCUUGUUACACGCCGGGACACACACGAGAAGCGAAAGGGCCAGGCGGUGCGCCGACACCUGUUGGUUUCCAUCAUAAAUUUCGGAUUAAUCGUAUUCGCUGCGAUACGAUUUUACUACUCCGUUUGGUCGCUCGUUUGUUCGUUGCACCUGCGAGACCUGCGAGAUCGUCGAACGGGCGAUUAUUUAAUUCGACAUAUAUCGCCGUUUUAUUAAUAAUAAUUCUUUUCUUUGUUCAAAUAAUAAUGCACAGAACACAUAUCUGCAGAUGUCCUAUUUUAUUUUUAUCAUGUUUAAAUUUAUAGAAACCGCACAGUAUUAAGUUAUUAUCAAAAAUAGCGAACGUCACUUCGCAUUAUCUAAUGCUAAAAUAUGCUAAAAGGAUGAUAAAUUUAUAAAUGAACAAAGAAGAAGAAGAAAAAGAGAGGAGGAGAUUGGCGUACAAAGCGAUUGAUUAAUAAACACAAUUGAUUUCACGUUUGAAAGAAAUAUGAUUAUUAACUAUUUUGCCAGCUUGGUCAUAAAUAAAUAUCAACUAUUAUUAACUAUUAUUAUAUCGCAAUAAGAAAGAUAACAAAAAUAAGAAGAUGCCAUCAUAAUUAGUAUAAUAUCUUAAAUAACUGGCUUAAACUGGCCGGUGGUCUUUAACGAGCUUUGCCGAGUCUAGGUCAUGUCUAAUACCGAACAAGGGUCAGACGAGAGGGUGGCCCAUUUCAUGGAAGAGAAACCCUUCUCUCGACGGGCCUCUUCAAUAAAAAUACUGAAAGAGUGUCGUUUCUCAGGGCCCACCCGUCGUUCGACUGCCACUACGCGUACUACGUUCAUUCAUGCUUCUGCGGGGCCCGUUGCCCGCUUUGUGCCGAUUUUAUGAAUGAACGUAAAGCUCUCGGCAGCCUGCCCUCUUACACCGCCACAUUCCGCUGGCAUUUUUUUGAAGUCAGGCGAUUUCGAGAGGUGAGAGAGAUACAUGUCAGAGAUAUUUCAAGCACUGUGGAAGAGAGAGCACGGCUCUGUUAUCGAUCACGUCGAUUACAAUGAGUAAAUAUUAAUAAUUCUAAUGUUAGAACAGGAAGUUUAUAUAUUUUAUAUAUUUUUUAUAUUGUAUUUAUAGUAUGCGUGUCAUGCAACAAAUAAGUUGGGUAAAACUACACAAGGAAAAUUACAUACUCUUUAAUAUAGAAAUUAUUGAUAAUUUUUAAUCCGAAUGUUUCUCGCAUGGCGUUUUGUGUGCUCUACCCAUGUAUUCUGUGUAACCAUAUUCGUUUUUCCCUUGUGAAGCAUAACAAUACAAAAUUAAUUAAUUUUCGUUAGAAGAUGUGACAGCGUGUGGCACAAUGUUAUCUGUAGUCUUUUGACUUUGUACAGUACCUGUCUUAAAUUAUUUUCAAGAGAGGUUCGAAGAAAAGCCAUAAUAAAUCUUAGUAUCUUCGUUUUACGGUAUAUUACCACUUGAGUAGGCACUCCAGAAUCAUUAUUCUGGCAACCCAUCAUCUAAUGGCCGAGCAUUGACGGUAAUUUAGAGUUUUGUUCCACACACAAAUACAAACUCCAUGUGUGUGUGAAAAGAUUCCAUGUGUGAAUAGAAAAUUCGAGGAAGAUCACGUGACACGUCAGAGUCGAGAGGUACCUGAGGUACCACAUACUUACGGAAAAUCUUGUUGGUCUGACACGUCCUGACACUAAAUAAUGAUCGCCGGUGCAGCCUUAGGUGUUUCUCACUGGCUGGCAGGUACUGAUAUUGUGAUGUUAAUGGCGAGAUAUCCGGCAAAUAUCCGGUGAAUGGCUAUUCAUCGAAGCACGUUUCCGAAACACCCAAAUUCCAGCGGUGCGGUGUCCAAGGUGUCAAGUGGCCACUCGGCCAGUAACUGUUUCCACGAAGCUCGGCUUUGACUUUACCGAAAUUCUCUUUCUCUUGUAGCGGCUCGAGUUGUGGGGCAAAUUAAUAGUUAGUUUUUGGAAAAAAGACUGAGGAUUCCAUAUGAUUAUUAAUAAUUUUCUUUUUUAUCGCGAAUAUAAAAGGAUUCUCUCGAGCUACAAGGAAUGCAUUUAAUUCAACAAACCUCAUCUGUCUCUUUUUCUCUCUUUCUCUCCGUGGAAAUUUAUCGCGUAAUCUUAAAAGAAUUCGCGAGGUGUUGUUAAAUCCUGGCAAUGUACUGUCCAUUAUUUACUGUCGAAUUCUCAAGAAUCGUUACGGUGUUUAACAUAAACGGCGAACGUACCAGCCAGCGGGACGACCAUCGAGUUAAUCUGCUGUUUGAGGACGGUGCCCCACCUUCUCGGUCGAGUUAAUCCGAUCGUUUUCCAUAACCGACGCUGGAUUUGCCUUUCAGAUUUUCACGACUCGACAUUGCCCGUCUCGGAAUCAUUUUUGAGAUUUUCCGAGGGAUAUAAGUCGAUCAAAGUGGCAGUCGUCCACUUCAGGCAAGCAAAGAAGAAGAGAGAGAACAAAGGAGAAAGUGAACACAAGAGAAGCCGCCUAAAUAAUCCCGGAACAGCAAUUAAAACUACUAUUAGUCAGCGAUACUUUGUAUAAAUGUGUAAUUUGUAUAUGAAUGAGUUAACAAUCAUUAAAUUAAUAGUAAAUAAUUCAUAAAAUUCGAAUCUUUUUACUACCGACACAGAAACAACAACGACGUAUCACCACAUAAGUGCAAAUUCAGGAAUCAGUUCAAUUGGUACAGAGAGAAAUAUAAAUCUUCAAAAAAAUAUUUCAAUAAAAUUGUGUCGUAUCUUAUAUGUUGUAAUUUUAUGAAACAAUUAGACAAGGGUUUGCUCCUGAAGACUAUCAUCUGCCACCGCGUUGUUCGCAACGGCGCGAUACGAUCACGCGGGUCCGCAUCUAGAAAUGUCAUUAAACUAGAACGCCCGGGAAGACUCCACUCGAUCAUUGGAGGGUCGCGAUAAUUCGCGGCACGACCCCCUCGAUCGGUUCCAUGGCGGCGUAGAGAGCGAGCAACGACUGCACGGCGAAGCGACGGCCGGGGGCAGUAAAACAAUGAGACGCAGACAAAUUGGGUUGCGUGCUCGAAACAAGUUGGCACAGCUAUCGCCAAACAGUCGUGGGAGCCCAGCAAAUGUUGCUCGAUUGCCCGGAGAGCUCGAGGCUCCUCCAUUUUUUCCCGCCGACGCUCAGAACUUCCGGAACGAGGCGCGGGUCGAGGAGAGGAGAGACCGAGGAAAAACGACGAGCUCUCUCGGGUCUCUUUCUCAUGUUGAACACGAUUCUAACCGAGUUAGACAGUGCACCCACAGCGAAACGCUUGCACGUAUUGGUAGCUUUAAAAUCCUGCUGUUCCACAAGUCUUUGCAAACUCUCCAUAAAGAUUUAUGGUGUUAUGUAAUAUUUUUGUAGAAUGUGAAUUCCAUGCUUUGCUGAAUGGUAUUGAUAUUGUAUCAUAUUAUUACAGAGAAAAGAUUUUAUCCUUUAUCCUUUUCUAAAUAAAUAUCGAAUAUUUUAAUGUAAGUAUAUUUUAUUACACAUUAAUUGUAUAGUGCUAUAUUUUCUAUUCGAAUUUUUCAUUACUUGUGCAUUAUGAAUCGUAUAAAAAUUUGUGAAAUUAAUAUUACUAUUAAUAUGAAACAUACAUGAUUGUGCUUAAUACAUAAUUCAAGUAUAAAAUAGUAAAACGUUAGCUCUUGACUGAGAAAAUACAGGUGUUUCCCGGCUUCCGGUAGUCGGUGAGUAUUAUUUUGCAGAGAUAAAUCUAGGGGUCAAGACUAGCAUGAGAAAAUCAGGAAAGUCGGGUCCACCCUCUUCCGCACUUUUUGACUUUCUGUGUGGAGGAGCCGCGCGAUUGUAUAUGAAGAAGACCGGUCUGAAUAAACCGGAAACUCGCUCCAUCGUCGGUUCUGUCCCCUUACCUGUUCCUCGUUUCUGAAUCGUGCUUUUCGAAAUCCCAUUUUCUACCGUGCUACCGUCGGUACGCAUUUAUUGUGAGUGUCCGCAUUCUGGAUGCGCAUCUCUCCUUGCGAUUGGAUACAACCUGCGGCUCCAUUCAGCGAUACAUCAAUGACUCCGAGGAAAUUUAGAGCGUCGGCUUGAUCCGGGGAUCAAAAGUGUGGUGUCCCGUUUAAGACAGAACACCCAAAUAUUCCCUUAAUAAUUUAUCGCUACGAAAAGAGAUGUUCGAUGUAAUAUAUUCGGGACCUCGCGAAUCGUACAGCCUCUCGCAUUGUAAAUGUUAAACAUUUGAUCCAUAUAUUUUCUUUAUCUCCUCAUUUUCUUUUCUGUCCUACAAUUACAAAAUAACGUACAUGACCUACAUCGCGUAAAAGGGCGCCAACGCAUCGACGAUAUCUCGACAUUUUUAGCAAUCAAUAGCUGUGCAAUCAGCGCUGUAUGAUACUAACGUGUAAUACGAGGUAUUGCCACGAUAAUGUUUUAUCUACGAUCGAAACGUCAUGGAAAAAGGUCACGACGCGGAUUCAAUGCGAUCGGAUCGCAUCGCGAGUCCGCGAAAUUAUUUUUAUGCGCGUAAUUCCGACGCGGAUACGUUAUGCGUGCGUGCGCGCACUCGCCGAAUGAUAAUCGGUGUUUUUUUAUCUGUUGUUCCUGUGCCUCCCUCUCCCCGAACACCCGCUAUAAAUGCGUAUACGUGAAUAAUAAGCGGUUGGUAUAAAAAAGAAAUCAGGUCAGCCUUGUCGUCGCACGCCUUUUAUUCUCGCGCGCGAAUGUCGUCAUUAUCGGAGAGAAAAAAAACUGAUCACACGAAUAUACAUGCAGACGCUUAAUAAAUGUGUCGCUGUAAAAUUGGCCGUCUCGUUUUUCGUGCGAAUUGCACUGGUAGUCUGGGAUUCGGUGUCUGGAUUUAAGUAUAUUCAAUUAUAGCAAAGAUCUGAGAUUUUUUUAAAUUUAAUCCUCUGUCCUUUAAUUAAAUUUCAGCUUCUUUAUUUUAUUUUAUAUUUUAUUUUCUUCUUCUUAAUUUCGUGCUUUUUUAUCUCCAAACUGACGUGAAAUCAUCUCUCACAUAAUCUGUCUCUACAUUAUUCGGAAUUUUAUUGAAAUUUAUCUACAUUUUAUUAUUAACUUAAUAAGCGUAAAUGGAAAAUAUUUUGCUGCUAUAUACGUAAGAUUGAACGUAGAUUGGUCCCUCCGUUAUCUGCUUGUCUCCUCAAUUAUACUCGAAUUCGCACCCUUUGGUUUCAAGCAAACUGGCUCCUAAAAGAGGACAGUCAAGCUGAUCGAUCAUACGUACCUCGUCCGCGUUUGUGUAACAGUUGGAUAUAUGUAAGUCGCGACCACGCUUCUAACCCAGUUUUGCGUAUCAAUAAGCAGCGAUCUGAGUGCUACGACAAAGGGGAAUGGAGAAGAGAGGGCGGGUGCCCUAAGGAGGGAGAGAGAGCGAGUGAAAAAUCGAAAUGACACAGUAAAAGCACCGCUAAUGCUCUUUCACAUUAACACUCGACGUAAAGUAUGCUCUUGGUGUAAAAAGCCCCCUGAUCGAUGAAGCACGGUGAUUGGCUGGCUCGCCGGGUUGGAUUGAAAUCAACCCCCAGGUCGCCGGGCGAGGGUUUCUAGACGCACGGCCGUCCCAUUGGUCGACCGAUGGCACCACCCCUUGGGUAACUUACCCGGUAACGUUACCAGUCGCGCAGAGUCCCGCGACGAAGGGAUAUCUCCUCACGGAUCGCUCAGCAUGACGAGAUUUUGUUAGAUUACGGCAAACUAGAGAAAAAUACGAUCAUAAAUAUCCUGAAAAAUCAAAUUAAUUGGCAAAUGUUGCUAAACUCACAAUCUAGACGAGAUUUUUGGAAAAGAGAGAUCGUGAGACUAUUUUUCUUGAUAUGUAAGGAACCUUCAAUUAUGGUUAAUUAAAAUUGAUAAAUUCUCCAAUAUUCGCGUACAAAGAAUUAAUUUGCUCCACAAAAUAUUCGCGAUAUUCUAUACUUUUACUUUAUAAUCAUUAAAAGCUGAUUACCUUAAAAAUUUAGUGAGUUAAGUUCAAUCUAAGUAAAUUGCUUGCGAGUAAAAAUCAAAUAAUUGUCCUUUAAUCGCAGCGUACGUCGUAUUAUCGCUGACGUCUGUUUCUUGAACGAAAAAGAUUUUUGCAAAUAAUAAAGUAUGAACGGCCGUGUUCUUGUCUGAGCUUCUCCCGCGGCAACUUUCCGUAAGAUACCGCUGAUCGUGGCAGGGUGGGAUAUGAGGCGACUAGGAGCGAAUUGCCUGGAGGGAUGAACGCGAAAUCCCCGCCUCCAUCGUGGAACCGCCCUGCGCCUCGAGGGUGCUUGACAAGCGAAACUGCACGGAGGUAGGGAACACUAGUCGUCAAGUGCUCGUCGAGGACACUCAAAAACUACAAGGAGAGUCCUUCAGCUCCGAAAAGGAAUAUCGGUAGCCUGCUUUUCGAGACCGUCGAGUUCACCUCUUCGAGAACGUUUACUCGAUAGAGUGGCUCAUAGUCGCGAGUGCCUCGAGAAGGAAACCGAUCAAAAUCAAGAUCAGUGAUCGGAUCUCGGACUAUCCGUACUGGCUGUUCUUAUUCUAGUGUGAAGCAUCAGUUUCAAUUUUUAUUGCACGCACUUUAUGUCGCCGUGAAAAGUCAGAGUUGUCUAUGUUCAAACGGAUAAUGAUGACAGUGUUGUGUGACAAGAGUGACAAAGAGUGAAAUACUGAAGGAGCAGAAAGCAAGAGAACAGGAAUUAUUAUCACGAGAUAUUAUCUCGAACCUGAGAAAAGAAAUCAAUCAAAUUUGAAUAUUUAAUUGUACUCUUUAUUGUGACCAAGAAAAGCGCAAGAAUCAUAAAUGAAGCUUCGCGAUGCAUUAGAAGGGAUAUGGGAAUAAGCGGUCAGUGAAGAAUGUAAUGUGUAACUGACGCCAGCAACAACCCUCUCGAUACCUUCUCAAAAUGGCGGACAAGAAUAAAAUUUUACCCUGGCCGUUGCUACCCUAUCCGGCCAGUCUUUUGAAUCACGUCUGGUACAGCCAGCUACUAAACACUAGGUUACUGGAAAAUAUGAAGAUGCCGUCUAGGACAUCCGGCUUCGCCAUUAGCGACAUUUUGGAACUGAACGAUGCCAAGCCGUCACAUGAGGAGACGGACGUGCAAGGUGCCACGGUUCUGCCGACGGCUAAUGACAUGCCAACGACUUACCAGCAAUUCCUGGAGCACACCGCCAUAUUGCCGGCUAUGCACUCUAAUCUGAACAGGGGUACACUGCCGCCACCUCCGCAUGCAAUAUUGGGGUGGACAGCCGGACCGGCACUAUCGACAACGUUACCUCAACCGUUGGAGGAGGUGAAUGUUCUCCAGCAACCAGACUCGACGAGCCCGGCGAUCUCGGAUAUGUCGUUCCCGUCGCAGCCGGAGAACAGCCACGAGUCCUCCAAGGAUGAGGAGUCGCAGGACUUCGAGGAUGAGCAGCAGGCCGGCAAUGAGACGGCACAGUCUCACGAGACCGAGCACAAGAAGCGCAAGCGGCGCGUGCUCUUCUCCAAGGCGCAGACGUACGAGCUGGAGCGACGCUUCCGUCAGCAACGUUACCUGAGUGCACCCGAACGCGAGCACCUGGCGUCUAUCAUACGCCUCACGCCUACCCAGGUGAAGAUCUGGUUCCAGAAUCACAGGUACAAGACGAAGAGGGCGGCGAGCGAGCGGGUCGAGGCCGCUAGCAGCGGUUGCUCACCUAGACGAGUUGCCGUGCCAGUGCUGGUGAGAGACGGCAAGCCUUGCCAGUCCAAGCUGAUGGAACCGGCGACGUAUCCCGGUAGCGGCCAGGUCCACAUGCCGUACGUGCAGAAAUAUUGGUGGUAGGAACACCGAUCCAGCUAGCCAGCUCGAAUGAACGGCGAUCCGGAGCGGUACGCGAUGAUCCGCACUGGAUUGAUGGAUGAUCACUGCGCGAAUCAUUGGCAAUCCUUGGGUAAGAUGCUGCCAGUAAUGAGGAAAAUCUGAGAGGAGUAAAAAUCUGAAGGAGAGAUACAAGAAACUGAUCGUUCUGAGAGAAUGACGUACGUACGUAGUGUACGAAGACGAAACGUUCAUGACGACACGAUAGCAUUAAUGAUUACGAAUCAAUUAUCGGUAUUGUUGACGUCAAUCGGUCCGUUUGAUAGAGCGGCAAGUUGACAUGUUGUCGGUUGCUUUCAUAGACGACCAGUAACUCAAUUCUUCGAUGAUUCUGAUGAGAUAUGAGUUUCCAAAUCUUCAAAUUUCGUAUUAUCAAUUUUCAUAUUUCAACAAUUAUAGAAGUUUAUAUGGACACAAUUUGUUAUUGUGUGUGCAAAACGCGAAGAAUGUGACAUCCAGCGCUUAGGUGUGAUGAUUGGGAAAGUGUUAAAUCAGUAGAAAGAUGAAGGCGAAUGACGACUGAGCGCAUUAAUAACCAGAGAUGAUUGAUGAGAAAUCUUGACACGUUGGUUCUUGCAAAUGACUUUGCUGGCUCCUAGUGAGCAGUUGGUGCAUAUCUAAUGAAGCUUCUGAUGCAAUUAACGUGCAACGGAAUUAUGAGCACGUCGCUAAGAACGCCUCUUCCGAAUCUUCUCUUUUACAAAACAGGUAUCGAACAAUGCUGAUUUAUCAGGAAAGUGAAACCGUUGAAAACAGUUUAUUAGGAAAAGGAUCCUGCCGUCAAAGUUGAGCGCACGAAAUGUUUUCCAACGGCAAUAGAUACUUGUUGGGUCGACGUAGUUUUCGGCGUUCCGCGACGACGAAAUGUGCGUGAAAAUUUUAACAGAUGAGACGGCAGUUCCGAAAAUUUACGAACUUUUGUAAAAUUGUGAACGAGGAUAUCUCAUGUGUUAAACACGACUCUGAUGAGUAGAUUCGUGAUGCGCGAUGAACACGCGUGAGGAACAUCAAAAUAGAAUUUUAAUGUUCUCGAAAAUGAAUGGAUAUCGUGGUCUACAAUAAUAAUCACGUAGAACACUUUGACGCGAUAAACGGACAUUUAGAAAAUGGGAUUGUCAUACUGAAAUUUCGUAUGAAAUGCGGAAUGGAAUGGUGUCAAAAUGGAAACCUUGGUGUUAAAGAUGCAGGCCAGAGUGGAAUGUUAACCAUGAAGUAGUUUAAUGAAGCUGUAGAUGAUUAGAAAACGAAAAGUUGCCCGUUCGCCGGUUUCUUCAAUCGAAGGAGACUGGAACUGAAAGUUUGCAGUCAUUUUCGAAAGUGUUGAUAUUCAUAAAAUAAAAAAGAAACGUGGAAGAAUAGGGAAUACUAGUGCGAAUACCGUCGGAAACCAAAGAUCGCUCUCGCGUCUUACGAGAUAGAUAGAGCGCGAUGCGAAUAGGUAAAUAAUUCUAGAUGUAAGGAAACGUAGAGAAUGAUUUAGACGAAUCAACAUCGCAGCAUUUGUACAAACCGUUAUGCAAUACCCGAAAAAUAUUACGAAUAUUCUCGUAGAGUCCAAAUUAGUCCCCAAACCGUGUGCCGCAGUCAAGAGUGUCGUAAAAAUGCAAGGAGUUCCCAUUUAUUGAAGUGCACAACAUUAUCUCUAACUAGGCACAACAUAAUUAAACAUUAACGACUCUCUUCGUACGAUAAUAGAUCAUACGAGGAUGAAUUACUGCCAACAGGUCGAGACCAAAAUCGUGACUCGCUCGUGGUCCGUUAAAAUCGAUCAUCGGCGAAAUCUUUACGAUGUAGACAUUCCUUCACGAUUUCAUAGUUGACGUAACAUCCGCACGUAUUCUCCUCUUCGUUGUCAGAUGGUGUUUGAUAGAUUCUCGAGGUAGAACUCUAUACUUACAAAGUAGCUGCGAUUCUGGCACCGUGCUUUCCGAUUACCUGCCACGACUGAUGUUUCUUUAUUCCUCGUAAAUUUUUGCGGAGGCAAAAAAGGAGGCCAGUUUAAGGAUUUAACGCGAUCGUCACGCAGCACGAAGCCGCGUGCGGCUUCAACGGAAUAAACGCGGCUCUGUUAAUGAUUUCCUCACACAAUAUAUGUACGUACUAGAGUUAAUUGCUAAUUAUAAGCGAACUUGCCACGAGAGCGAAAGAAUUUUGUUGAUAUUAACGCGGACUUUUUAAAUUGUUAUCGUAAAUUUAAAAUCUACGAAUCUUACUUAUAUCACGGCGAACUGCAGGCGAGAUCGUGACACCACGAGCAAUCGCAAGGUACCCCACUGUCUCGUCUUUACUUAAUUAAUAUAUAGGUUGUAUAUAUGUACAUUGUGUAUGAUACGUAAAGUAAAGUAAUAUAUCAGAAGCUUAUUUAAUAAAUCUGUAUCUUAAGAAUGCAAA